CUCAGCAGCUCCAGUCAUGCCUCUUGGUAGCCUGGUCUCAGGAAGGAACCAUGACAAAGACUGGAGCCCCCAGGUGCAAUCUUUCCCAGAAUCUGAGGCUUUGGGUUCUACUGAGCUGUCUGGGGUCUACACUGCCUGCUGACACACACUCUCUUAGUUGCAACGUCACGGUCAAGACUCAUACCACACCUGGAGAGCCCUGUUAUGAAGGACAGUGCUCACUGGAUAGAGAAUCUUUCCUUCAGUAUGAUGACAACAAAGCCACGCCUUUGGGUGACCUGGGAAAGGUGGUUCAUACCACUGAAAUGUGGACAGAUAUUGUGCAAGAGCUGGAGAAUUUGGGGCAUGAAUUCAGGAAGAAGCUGGCUGAAACCAAACAGAGGAUGACCAAGAUCCAUGGUCACCCCACUUUACAGGCCAUCAUGCUUUCUAAUUAUGAACAAGGACAAAUCGUUGGUGCCUCUUGGCAAUUUAACAUCAGUGGAAAGUGCUGCAUGCUCUUGAACACAAUGAAUAUGAGCUGGACAUUGAUUAGUCUUGAAGCUGGAGAUAUCAUGAAUGAAUGGAAGAAUGAUGAGGAACUAACCAAGUAUCUGAAAAACCUCCUGAAAAAUUUCUGUCACUGGCUCAAGGAACUCUUAAAGCUCCCCUGGGAAAGGACAAGAUCAACAUCAAGGGCCCCAGAUAUCACCCAGCUUCCACCAACUGUAAAUAUCACCCAGCUUCCAACUUCCAUAAAUAUCACCCAGCUUCCACCAACCACCAAGUUUCAAUAUAAGGAAGUAUUCAUAUUCAUCCCCCGGGACUCAUGA